UCCCAGGCCGUGAAGCAGACGGCCGCCUCGGCCGGCCUGGUGGACGCGCCCGCGCCCGCCGCCCGGAAGGCCAAGGUGCUGCUGGUCGUCGACGAGCCGGCCACCGACUGGGCCAAGAGCUUCCGUGGCAAAAAAGUCCUUGGAGAUUAUGAUAUCAAAGUGGAACAGGCGGAAUUUUCAGAGCUCAACCUGGUCGCCCACGCUGACGGGACCUACGCCGUGGAUAUGCAGGUGCUCCGGAACGGCACCAGGGUGGUCCGGUCUUUCCGGCCUGACUUUGUGCUCAUCCGGCAGCAUGCGUUCGGCAUGGCGGAGAACGAGGACUUCCGCCACCUCAUCAUUGGCAUGCAGUAUGCUGGCCUCCCCAGCAUCAACUCCCUGGAGUCCAUUUACAACUUCUGCGACAAGCCCUGGGUGUUUGCACAGCUGGUGGCCAUCUACAAGACUCUGGGAGGAGAAAAGUUCCCACUCAUUGAGCAGACGUACUAUCCCAACCACAGAGAGAUGCUAACACUGCCCACAUUCCCGGUGGUGGUGAAGAUUGGCCACGCUCACUCUGGCAUGGGCAAGGUCAAGGUAGAAAACCACUAUGACUUCCAGGACAUCGCUAGUGUGGUGGCCCUCACCCAGACCUAUGCCACCGCGGAGCCUUUCAUUGACGCCAAGUACGACAUCCGGGUCCAGAAGAUAGGCAACAACUACAAGGCUUACAUGAGGACCUCCAUCUCAGGGAACUGGAAGACGAACACUGGCUCGGCCAUGCUUGAGCAGAUCGCCAUGUCAGACCGGUACAAGCUGUGGGUAGACACCUGCUCAGAGAUGUUCGGUGGCCUAGACAUCUGUGCUGUCAAAGCUGUGCAUGGCAAAGAUGGGAAAGACUACAUUUUUGAGGUCAUGGACUGCAGUAUGCCACUGAUUGGGGAACACCAGGUGGAAGACAGACAACUCAUCACCGAACUAGUUGUCAGCAAGAUGAACCAGCUGCUGUCCAGGACACCUGUCCUGUCUCCUCAGAGACCCUUAACCACCCAGCAGCCACAGAGUGGAACACUUAAGGAUCUGGACUCCGGCAAGACCCCGCCUCAGCGGCCAGCGCCCCAAGGGGGCCCUGGGCAACCCCAAGGAAUGCAGCCCCCAGGCAAGGUGCUGCCUGCACACUGGCUCCCCCCUGGAUCAUCACUGCCCUCUUCCUCCUCCUCCUCCUCUUCCUCCUCCUCAGCUCCUCAGCGGCCAGGCGGCCCCACCACCCACGGAGAUGCACCUUCCAGCGGCAACUCCCUGGCAGAGGCCCAGCCACCCCCAGCUGCUCCACCACAGAAGCCCCAGCCUCACCCACAGCUCAACAAGUCGCAGUCCCUGACAAAUGCCUUCAGCUUCUCUGAGUCCUCCUUCUUCCGGUCUUCAACCAGUGAGGAUGAAGCCAAAGCGGAGACCAUCCGGAGCUUGAGGAAGUCCUUUGCCAGCCUCUUUUCAGAUUAGCUCUCCAGACAUAUGGGGGCACCUGAGACAUUUGCCAACAACACUCAGCCACACUUGGUGGCUCUGUCCCACGGCCGUGAUGCGCGUGGCCCCCUCCUCUGCUCUGUUGUGCUCAGUGAUGUCAUGCAGCUCAGAAAGGCCCAUGGGAAGGUCUCAGGGCAGGUGCCUAACCAGGGAGGGGCACCUGCCGUUGGGUGGAGCUGCUGUCCUGUAGUCAGGAGAUCGUCCUGUGCGGUCCUGUUCAUUCGGUUCGCUGUGAGUCUAGUGGCCUUAUCGUGACUGCGCCAUCUUGUCUUACUCUUUCAGGACUUCGCCCUGUGGGCUCCUGGCAGCUUACCCUAGCUCAGAUGCAGUGCGAAGCAUGCCCCCCAUUAGCCAGUGCUGCCUGUCUGGUUGUCUGUCCCUAACCCAAAGUCCUCUUUGGCUCUGAGUGUUAGGAACUUGCCCGUAUGUGGAAUCCUUGUCACAUCUGUUUAAGACACACCUGCCCUGCUCAUGAGACUCCUCAAUUUCCAUCAUGGGGAAGCACCAUUAGUGAGCCCAGAUGGAGAGGACCAGGAGCCAGUUGCCCUGUCUCCCUCCUCUGGAGAUCCCUUCUGACAUGUGUGUCUAGGGACAAUGAACUCCCAAGCUGCGCUGUAGAGAAUGCAUGCCUCUGUCAGGGCGGCCGGCCAAGUCUGUGUUCAUCUCCAAAUAAAUGUUAAGACCUCUGGUAUAA